AUGAGCAAUGCAUCUGGAAACAUAUUUGCACGAAGCCUCGCUCGACUUUCACGACGAAAGAAGAAGUCUAUAAAAAUCCCAAAUAAAGGCCUCGUCGAAUCAUCGGAGCCUCCGCAGGCGUUUGAGUCUCAUAAUUCAUCAACGUUGUUUGAAAAAAUGAAUCGAUUGCGGCGGUCCCUAAGACUGCCGCGUCGACGGGAUCGGAGUAACGAUCGACAUCUCAGUCCACAAGCAACGGGAGGUUCAAAACAAUACCAAUGGCAACCGGAUGAAAGUGCGGUUCGAACAGGGUGCUGCAGUUUCAAUGUAAAAUAUCUCGGUGCUGUUGAAGUUUUCGAGUCUCGUGGUAUGCAAGUAUGUGAAGGAGCUCUCAAAUCCAUGAAAGCUUCGAAACGAAAACCGGUUAAAGCUGUUCUUUACGUUUCGGGAGACGGAUUACGGGUUGUUGAUCAAGGAAAUAGCAGAGGUCUUCUUGUAGAUCAAACAAUAGAGAAGGUAUCAUUCUGUGCUCCGGACCGCAACAAUGAUAAAGGUUUUGCCUAUAUAUGUAGAGAUGGAGCUUCAAGACGAUGGAUGUGUCAUGGAUUCUUAGCUACUAAAGAAUCGGGUGAACGGCUGUCACACGCCGUAGGAUGCGCUUUCGCAAUUUGUCUCGAGAGGAAGAAAAAAAGAGAUGAGGAAAAUGCAAUUGGUUCCUCUAAUGGGAGCGCUUCGACUAGUUCAGCGAAGGUGGAAGCCGCAUUAAAUCCAAAUUGGGAUGAACCGAAAACGUAUGAAAAUGCCACGACUUCCAGAUCGAAUUUAGCAUAUCAAUCGUUCCGGAAGCAUGUUCCUAUGGAAGCCAGAUACCUCGAUCCGCAAUCUGUCAUAGUAAACGAGGCUCCAGCAUGCAGUCAUAACGAUACAUUUAAAACUAUGGCCAAGCCUCGACCUACUUCCAAUCCGGCUCUUUUUGCAAGACAAGGAUCGUUGCGUGCUCCAGAUAUUCCGACAAGAUCCGAUCAAUUUAGACGAAAUUUUUCUUUACGUACUAACUCGACAUUCGACACUUCUCCCUCUAAGAAGACGUUCGGUCAAUCUCUACACAACGAACCGAUAUAUGAAGGAGACGAGGAUCCUUUGGGUUUAGGAAUCUCGUCAUCGGCAACUAACUCCGCUUCAACCAACCCUGUAGAGAAGAAUGGGCUUGUUGGUUUAGAUUUUGGAUGGAAUUCGAAACCAGCACCACUUCCUGAGGCUAAUUCAAGUUUUGUUGGAAACCAAAUUGCCAAUUUUGCUCAAUGGCCAGACUCUAAUGUGUCCUCACCGCUUGAUGACAUUCAAAAGCAAUUCGAACAGUUCUCGAUGGUUGCUAAAACGGGAAACUCAUCAAUGACGAACUCGGUUUCUCGAUCGAAAGCCGACGAAUGGCUGGAUGAUGUUUUGCGCGUGUCGAUGACAAUGUCGCCUACAUCAAAUGGUUCUUCCGGAGUGACACCUUCAACAUCAUUCUCAGGCCCACCACCUUCGCAUGCUCCUCCUCCGCUUCCUGUCAAACAGGCGGUCUCAAAUGGAAAUCCGUCUCUUUAUCAAAACACUCCAGUGUCGGUGAGCCCAAACCCUUCUGGAAUCAAUUGGGAUGUUGCUCCAAGUUUACCACCAGUACCCCAAAAACCAACUGACCCUUUUGACGUACACUGGAGUAAAUCGGCGGUUUCUUCAAAAAGCUCCAACUAA